GGGUCGAAGUUUGCGCAGACCUCGCUGUCUAAACAAACCCAUGAGCGCACUCUCUUGCGCAAUCCUUAUGACUCGAUGGCCUUAAUGGCAGGCAGGUAGACACACACACACACGCACACACAGGGAGAGAUACACACACGCAUGUACAUAUCUCUCUCUCUCUCUCUGUAUAUAUAGUCGUGUUAUCUGCCAUCCGGGCGAAACACAGCGUGAGCGAUCUACCUGCCCUGUAACUCGUCUCUUGUCCGUUUUGUGCGUCAGAGCACAAGUUGAGUCCUUGCCUUCUCGGGGUGUACUUUUACUUUGUACGUAUCUCUCUCUCUCUGUCUCUCGUUGUCUCUCGCUGCUGUCCGUCUCCUCGCACGGAUCCGCAAAGAUGUGCACGGGAAAGUGCUCCGCUGUUAUUGGCCAUUCCCUGAGCAUCCUCUCGCUCGUUUGCAUCGUGGUCAAUGUCAUUCAGUUCUUCCCCAACUGGGAGUUCUGGGGCCUGCAUCACAGCAAGUACGUCUGGUGCUUGGGAGGCAUCUUGGGCGGUGGAAUCAUGGUGGGCCCGGGAUCCGCCUGGGCCAAGCGUGCUGGAGGCCACGGCUGCUGCUGCAACAACCGAUGUGGGAUGCUGCUCUCCACUGUGUUUGCGGCGCUGAGCGGGGUGGGAGCGGCGUACUGCAUCGUCAUCUCGGCCCUUGGUCUCUUCACGGGACCGUUGUGCGAAGUUAACAAUGAAUGGAUCUACCCGUUCGAAGGAAGCAACAAAACGGGCGACUACUUGACGAACACCACCCUGUGGGAUUACUGCGAUAAACCCCCGCACGCUGUUGAGUGGAACAUCAUCACCUUCUCCAUCCUGCUGGCGGUUGGCGCGGCAGAGCUUGUGCUCUGCCUUGUGCAGAUCAUCAACGGAUUCGUCGGCUGCAUUGGUGGCACGAUGCAGAAGGACUAGCGUGUUCGCGCGCACACGCUUCGCACACGUGGACACACACACACACAUAGAUGCACACACGCAGAUGCACGCGUGGAUUCACGCACGCAGAUAUACACACAGACGCAUAGAUACACACACAUAGUUGCACACGUGCAUAUACACACACGCACAGAUACACACAUCGAUGCACGCACGCAGAUACACACUCACACACAUAGAUACACAAACAAAGGCAAAGAUCCCCCCGUAUAGCCUUAACAGACUCUUGGGGCAAGUGCUCUUAGCGAUGACCUAUGCAGGCCAGAGCGGCACACAAGGAGGUGGGGUGGCCAUCACCACGCCCAACCGCCUUUGUCUCCCUAAUGGAAAUGUUUUUGAGUUGAGUCGACCUAGGGGAGGCUGAGUCGACCUAGGGGAGGCACAGGAUCGGUCCAGGUAAUCGUCACUGAUGUUGGCCGUGAGCGGGAAUCGGACGCAGAUACAUACGCACAUGCAAAUACACACACGCAAAAAAACACACACACGCACAUAGACACGCAAACAAAGACAAAUAUCCCCCGUAUAGCCUGACCAGACUGUUGUGGCAGGUGCAGGUCGCGAGCUCCUAUGAAGGCCGGCACCGUGACAGACGAGGGGGGUGACGGGGGCGUGGGUAAGGCCGGAUGCAGUAGAGGUGAUGCUUUGCAUAUCUAAGUAACGCGAAGCAGUGGUGGCGAGGUGGUGAGUGUGUACGUGUGUGCGUUGAACUUAUUUCGCUACCACGACCGUACGUAGCCAACCGUGCUCAUCGGAGGUGCGGGGUUUGGGGGAAAGGCGACCGAGGCCCCUUCGUGACUCACAGCGAGAGGGGCGGGGGUGGGGAUUGUGACGUAACCCACGUGUCAGGGGGCCCACGUGUCCUCGCUGUGUCAUACAGCGCCCUCUCGCGUGCGAGAGCCCUCGACGGCGCGGGUGGGGUUUGUGACGUAACCCCCGUGUCAGGGGGCCCACGUGUCCUCGCUGUGUCAUACAGCGCCCUCUCGCGUGCGAGGGCCUGUGACGGCGGGGGUGGGGUUUGUGACGUAACCCCCGUGUCAGGGGGCCCACGUGUCCUCGCCUUGUCAAACAGCGCCCUCUCGCGUGCGAGGGCCCGCCACGGCUAUACCAAGGAUCCAGCGGGCCCCGCUGCUAUUGUGUUCAUCGUGAGCCCACCUCGAGACCAACAGUUGUUAUCAACAUUUUUUUUGUGCUUCUGCUGUGAUCUCCCCC